CGUGAUUCGUGAUUCGUGAUUCUUCUGCUUCACAUUCAAAUUCACAUUCGCAAUUCGUGAUUCGCUGAUGGCAAACGCGGGGGGAUUCUAUUCAAAUUGUACGACGCACCAUCACACCAAACGUCCGACGCUUUCGACUCGUGACUCACUCACACUCACGACUGCUGCUUUCGAGCAAACCAUCGUAGGGACCAAGUCACAAGUCUCCCUGCUUCGAUAUGAGUUCGGCAGGCGGGAAACGGGCGAUGCCGAACAGCGGUCCAUCGAGCUAUCCCGCCUCCUCCUCCUCCUCCUCCUCGUCCAAACGAGUGCGCAUAACCUCUCCCUCUUUGCAGGUGACCGCUUCAUCGUCCAACGAAGCCGGCUUCGAAGAUCAGGGAUUGGGUGUGGACGUAGAGCUGGAAGAGCAGGAUUCGAAGCGCAAUGCUCAAGGAAGAAAGGGAAGGUUGAUCACCGAUGGCUAUGGAAGCGAAGAGGAUGUGGAUUCGGACUUGGAAGAGGGAGAGGGUGUGGAUGACGAGGAUGAGGAUGAGGAUGAUGGCAAGGCUGGCGAGAGCGAGGGAUUAGGCGCGAGAAAGAGCGCUCUCAAGAGGCAGGGAAAGGAGAAGGGCAGCGAUGAGGAUGAGGACGAGAAUGACGAUGAUGAUGAUGAUAUGUUCGACAUCGGUAGCGAAGAUGAUGGCAAGAAGAAGGGCAAAGGCAAGGCAAAGGGACAGGGGCAGGGACAGGGCAAGGGCAAGAGCAAGGGCAAGCAGAACCUGUCGAUGGGGGAUAUAGAGGGACAAGAAUUCGGAACGGGCGAUGCAGCGCUGUACGACGAUGAUUCAGACAUGGAUCCCGAUCUGGAGCUAGAAGAGUCUGAGUCCGAGUCCGAGUCCGGGUCCGAGGAUGUGGACGGUCCGUCAGCAAGCGCAUCCGAGCGUACACCUCCAACAAGUCCCCGCGGCACUCCUCUCUCCACCUCUCGCUCUCGUUCCAAAAAAAUCGAAAAGAAAAAGAAAGGCAUGGGCUUCAAAUUGGAUGCUUUCAAUAUGAAGAACGAAAUGUCUCGAGGAAAGUUUGACGAGGAGGGAAAUUAUAUCGCGAAAGCUACGGAUCCGCAUGCUGAGCACGACGAGUGGCUCAAGGGCAACUACAGCAGGGGCGCUAUAGCCAGAGCCAAAGAAGCUCAGGCGAAGCGAAUGAAGGAGCAAGAGGCGUCCGUCGGACUGGGGGAUGGGGAGGAGCAGAUUGGCAAAGACUUGGUGGAUUGUAGGAUGAAGCUGGCGGCAUUUCUGCAAAAGGGCGAGUCGGUGCUCGAAGCGCUGGGCAGAUUGGGCAAGCUAGCCAAAUCAGCCAAAAGGUCCAACACAAAUACCAGAAGAGCAAGCAAAGCCUUCGACUCCACCCCCUCCAACUCCGCCACGCACAACGGCAACGCCUCAGACUCGAUCAGCAGCACAGCGCAGGAUAAUGCUCGCAAAGAAGUAGAGAUGAUCUCUUCGCUCUCCAAUGCGCUCAUGGCGCGCUACGGCGUGAUCAACAUCUACGAAGAGACGUACGAAGAGAUGCUGCGGCAUGUCAAAAGGUCGCAAAGGGUCUCGCAAGAUUGGGAUCCCGCGCGCGAUCGAGCUCGAGAAGCACAAGUCUCGAGUAUGGACGUCGCAGACGCUUUCGACAGCUCUCGAUCGGAUUCAGAUAAAUUCAUCUACAAAUGGAGCGCCUCGUAUCUAUCCGAGGUCGAAGGAUCGCACUCGCAAUCCGACAUCGACUCGCACGUCUCCUCGAAAGAGCAAGAGACGUUCGGCCCUUUUGCGCUCAAAGAAUUGCGCUCGUGGGAACAAGGCGGAUAUUUCGGUGCAGGUGGAGAACGAAUCGUCUUGCGUCGUGCCGGAAGCGAUACCGCAACGAAUGAGGAGCAAGCAUGGAAAAGCUGGUCAGAGGUUGUGGGAUAGAUGAACUUUAUAGUGGUUGUACCACGUUCCGUCUCGGCUGCCUUGGCUACGUCCAACGAGAAGUGCCUACUGGCCACACGCGGAAAAGAACACGAAUCGCAAUCGAAGAGGGCAAAAUCAACUCUGUUCAGUCGCCGUCCUGAGCUGUUUCUCGACCAGGUCUCCCAAUGACGCUUAGUCGCUGUCGCCAUGAAUCGAGGACCUCACCGAGUUUCUGAUUCUCAGCGUCAAUGCACGUCUGGCUUAUUUCCCCGCAAGAGAGCCGGACUGCACCACGUACCCACACCAUUCGACAACGAAGGGUCGGCAAGCGGAAAUCGUGCGCAAGGGGUUUGCGUUCCCUUGCUGAAAUGGCGAAGCAAUGGUCCGACGAUGGCGAAAGGAGAGAAGAGAAGUUGUUUGACAUUUUGAGGUG